AUAGCCUCGAUCAGCGCGGCUCACGCCUGUUGAGAUCCCGGCGUAAAUACUAAAGAUGGCGCGCAUAUACGAAGAACUGGACGUGGACUACGCUACUAAGUGUAGUGACGUCACACUAUGCUCCAACACAAAAGGCUUCUUCAAGACUCUCGCUGAAGACAUGGUCUCUAUAGCUGAAAACAAUAACUGGCUACAAGACUUUGAAAAGACAGAAGAUGCCAAGAAGAUAGAAGCUGUUAAGCAUAACAAAGAGAUUAUGGACGCACUCGAAGAAGUUUUCUCUAGAAUCCAACCUCUUCAUCGUGGAAAAGAUGCGAGGAUUUCUUAUGAACGGAGGAUAGCUGCUCAAGCUGCACUUAAAGAUGAUGAUUUGACUAAAGCGUUGGGGCUCGCUAGCCAAGCUGUCCUUAGGGCACCUAUGACAGGUGAGGACGAAGUGUUUGACGGAGGAGUGUCAUUGGCACUCGCAUUGUGGCUUCGCUCAGAAGUGCUGCUGAAGUCGGGAAGACACAAAGCUGCAUUAGAAGACUUAAAGCUAGCAUUGAAAGAACGUCUCCCAGCUAAAAUGAGAGCGCAAUAUUACUGGAGGAUGGGCCAUUGUUACAAAGGAGCUGGUGAGCCAACUAGAGCUAAAGUAUCUUACGAGCUAGCUGGGAGGCUGUUAGCAAACGAUGAAGCGGCUAAAACACAAUUAGUGAACGAUGUUCAAGCUUUGGACUACACAGUACAAUCAAAACAUCCGCCAGACAAACCAGCUGUUACUGUUACUGGAGGCUCGAAGCAGAAUAUGCCAGCUCUAUCUAAACUUCUGAAGAUUACCGAAGAGGAGAACAAGGGCAGAUAUGCGGUUGCAAACUCUGACAUACGAACUGGCGACGUUCUGCUUAUAGACCAUCCAUAUGCUGCUUGUCUCCACACAGACUACUAUGGGACUCAUUGUUUUCAUUGCUUCAGAAGAUUAGAAGACAUUGAAGAGGAAGCUCCUGUGGGUUGCCCCAAAUGUGCAGCAGUUGUUUUCUGCGGUGUACGAUGUCGUGACGUAGCAGUUUCUACAUACCACCCUUAUGAGUGUCAAUAUCUUGAUCUAUUUAUAGGUUCAGGAAUGUCGAUUCUAAGUCAAAUUGCUCUUAGGAUUAUCACCCAAGCGGGGCUUGAUACUAGUCUUACAAUAUAUUCGAAAUAUUUUUCCAACACAGUGAAAACAGUAGAAGGUGCUGUUCUUAAUGAUAUCGAAGGUGUAACAAAGAAAUCUAAAAUGAAGAGUAGGAAAGAAAGAUUGAACAGAACCAAGAAAGGCUUGAAGAGCUUUACGGAAAAAAAUAAGGAAGCUGAUGAGGUCGAAAUUAAAGUGGAUAAUAAAAUGAACUACGAGGAAAAAUUGGAAUUAAAAGCUGCACAGUUUUAUUCAUUGUGUGCUCACUCCGAACAAAGAAAAGGCGGGGAUUAUCUUAAAAGAGUUGUCAUGGCGAUGUUUCUCACCGAGUGCUUAAAAAAUACUGGAUUUUUUGAGAAAUGCGAGCAAGAUAAUCUAGCUAAAGCUGAAGUAUCUAUAACCGAGAUGCUGGUGCGAAAUCUCCAGAUAUUGCAAUUCAAUGCACAUGAAAUAUACGAAACACUGAGAGGCGAACACAUGUUCAAUGGAUCCAAGCCAAUCUACAUAGCAGUAGGCAUUUACCCAACUGGAGCUCUCUUCAAUCAUGAAUGUUAUCCUGCGGUGGCCAGAUACUUUGAUGGAUCUAAGAUAAUACUUCGAGCUACACGACCCCUGAGUCCUGGAGAUGUGGUAUCUGAAAACUACGGCCCUCACUUUUUAAUGCGAAGCUUGAUAGACCGUCAGAGGUCGCUCGCAUGCAGAUACUGGUUCAAAUGUGAAUGCGUCGCCUGUAAAGAAGAUUGGCCUACACUAAAGCAGAUGAACGUCUCUGACACACCAGUUUUCUUGAGGUGUCCUAAUACAGAGUGCACGGUGAAAUUCAGACCAAACAAUCCCAACUUACCUAGCAAGUGCAUGAAGUGCUCUACUCCUAUAGACAAAGAGCUGAUGAAAAUCAAUUUGGAUAGUGUCAAUCGCAGCGUAAACCAAUAUCAGGAAGGAGCAAAACUUAUGGAAGCAGAAAAUACAGAAGACGCAAUACGUAUUAUGUGCGAUGCCAUUGAUAUGUACCAUGAGGUUGCGUGGGCGCCUCAUCGCGACACCCAUCUCGCUCAAGAAGCACUCCGAUCAUGUUUUGCGUCGUCAGGAAAUGUUCACGUGAUACGAGGUGAGCCAAUCAACGAAGGAACAGAAAGAAAAGCCAAAGAACUACAUUGUAGUCCAACAAAUUUAAAGAAAAAGGAUUAGAUCGUGUCACAAAAUCUCAUUGUGUUAUAUGUACUCACAUAGUGUUUAUGUAGUUUAUAAAAAUAAAUGUUUUCGUUC